AUGUUAUUUGAAGAGCAAAUGACUGCCUUGGGAGAUCAGAACCUCAUUAACUUCCUCCUGAGGGAUGAUAUUCCCUGCCCUGAAAUCCUACAGGAGGAUAACUGCCUUCUGGAAGACUGUAGCAUGUCAGAGCCUGUGCUCCUGGAUGAGGAGAUGGAUGACUUAAUUGCCUCCAUCCUGAGCCCUUCUGGAGAUAUACUAGAAAUGCUGCAGGAAUAUUUGCAUGAUGACAGUGACAGCAGCAGUUCUGAAUAUCAGAAUCUGUCCUAUAACCCUGGUAGCAACUUUGACAGCAGCUCAGACAACAUGCAUGUUGAUCACAACUAUUCCUGCCCUAUGAAUAUGCCUAUGCUGGAAAGCAUGAGCUCUGACAUAGCGGAAGGAGAUGCUUCCACUGAGCUUGGGACAUGGAUGGGUUUGGAAGGCACAAGUAUGGCAGCAAAACAGAGUUCCAGUCCCCCCAUUCCCGUUGCUGUGACCACUGGACCUCAGCUUGUGCCUGGAGUUGUUGCACAGUCCAGCAUGCUAGGGCCAGUCCUCUCAGAGGCAGAGAUGCAGGUGCUUGAGUAAAGUCUUGCCCUACCAACCUAUCUGCCACUGACCAAAGCUGAAGAGCAUCCUCAGAAGAAUGUGCAUCAGAACCACUCAGCUCGGGAUAGUUGUGGCCGUGAGAUCAACAUGGACUGCCUGGCAUACAGGGUGGCAGCCUGCACAGCUCAGAACUACAAGCUAGGGAAGAAGGUGCAGCUGCUGCAGAAGCAGAAUAUGUCACUGUUGGAGCAGCAGCAGGAACCACAGGCCUCAGUGACACAGUCCACUACUGAAACCACAGCAAAAACCAGCAGCACGGUCCUGGUUCUGUCCCUCAACGUUGUUGUCACCUCCAGCCUCCUCUCUCUUCCGAAUGAUGAGACAAAGACAGAGCUCACAGAUUCUGAGGGCCCCUUGAUGUCCAUCAGCGUUACUAAGGAGCGGGAGCAGAGCUCACAGAACCUCAAGCCCAGAUCUUCUUUCAGCAGCAACCCUGUUCAGGCAGCAGCAGGCUCCAAGCUGAGCCCUCCUGAGCCUCAGGAGCAACCUAUUGCCAGCAGCUGUGCUGACAGCAUGGAAAGCCAAUAA